CGCAUCUUUUCAGGACAGUUUUCACAUUAUGACUGCGCAGACGAUGAAGGAAAAAACCCGGACAUUUCUCAUAAGCGUUUGACUGCGGAGCGUCUGUCAAGUGGAAAAUGACGAGAACAUAUUUUGCGAUUAAUGGACACUGUGCAAAAUUAUGACACCGGUGUAUGAACAGAGACAACACUUAGAACUUUAUGAAUCCUAUCAGCGCUAAACAUCAUCGACUCAUGGAGAGUUAGUGGACUGCUGGACUGCACCUACCAGGCAGAUUUCUACUUUGAAACACUUGGAUGUACUUUUUUAACGAUCGUUUUAACUAAUAAGCCAUGGCACUAUAUUUUGUUUACUUGUCCACUCUCUUGGCUCUGAUUUUACCUGGAGAUAACUGUGCAGCGGGAACUUACGCGUCUCGAUACACUCAACAUGUGGAUGAGAGUCAGUCUGGAGCAGCAGCACAGAGUGGAUCUAAGGUGACCAGCAGACAUAGGAACUGGUGUGCCUACGUAGUGACGCGGACUGUAAGCUGUGUAAUGGAAGAUGGAGUGGAGACUUAUGUCAAACCUGAAUACCAGCGCUGUGCUUGGGGCCAAUGUUCCCAUGUGGUUUUGUAUCGAACUUACAGAAAACCACGGUAUAAGGUUGCCUAUAAAGUGGUAUCAGAGAUGGAAUGGAAGUGCUGUCAUGGUUACUCAGGUGAUGACUGCAGUGAAGGCUCCUCUGCCACACAUGACAGCAGGGGAAGACCUACUGGUGAAGAAGGGAGAAGUGACAGUGAAAAGAUUAGACAACUUGAGGAACAAAUACAAAGCUUGAAUAAAAACCUUCACAACCUCCAAAAGAAAAUAUAUGAAGAAUCCCAAAGGGAAGGCAUCAGCGGUGCUAACAAUCUGGCAGACGCUGCCCAGCCAGGGAUGAAAGAGACCAUUCACAGCAUCCAGACCAAACUGGACAUGCUGGACAACAUGACACGAGUCCAUGACAAGACCCUCACAAGCAUCAACAACCACUUUGUGGGCGGCAAUGGAAUUGAGAAUGAGUUGGACAGUCGCUACGGCACACUUAAAGAGGAGAUUCUCCGGGAGCUUGAACGUCGGGUGACACUGUCUUGUUCGUCUUGCCAAACCGGAGUGGAGAGUAUACAAAGGCAACAUCAGGAAGACAGAGAGAGAAUCCGAGAGCUGGAGAAGCACAUCAGUGUGAUGGAGCAGCACCACCAGCAAACCUUAGACAUGCUAUCACGCUCUCAGAGUUGCUGUGAUUCCCUGGACAGGAAGCUCAGUGCAAUUGACAGAAAGGUCAGUUCGACUGCAGAGACAUACGAUAUCCUUAGAGGACGUCUUGAGAAGGAGCUAAGAGGUAAUGGCAAUGGAGGUCGUGGAAAAGCGAUGGAGGAAAAACUGAAUAACCGCCUUCGAGACCUGGAGAGGAGAUUGAAUGGGACUGUGAGAAAAACUGAGCAAAAAUGCUCCCAUACUGAGACAAGUAUGAAGGAGUUUGUCCAGAGAGAGAUUGGCCAGAUAAAGAACUCAGUCCUCGGUCGAAAUGAUGAUCAUGGUUAUAGAAUAUCUACAAUGGAGAUAGACGUCCAAGACUUGAAACGUUUUAUUAACGAUCAUAAAAAUAACCUGGAACGGUUAGGGAACAAAACAAACGAUCUUGACAGUGGGCUUAAGUCAGCAAUUCAUUUGUGCACAGAGACGUGUGCUGCAAAAGGGAGUGAGACAGAAGAUUCUGUGAAAAGUCUGGAAUGGAAGGUUGUUGCCAAUGAGGAGGACAUUAAGAAGUUUGACACCAAGCUAAAGGAUUUAAGCGUGUCUGGUGACUCCUUAUUGGACCGCGUUAUAGAUCUCAGUAAGGACAUUCAAAAAAUUAAGGAUCUGACAGGACAAAAUGGAGAACACUUUAACCAAAUCGUCACCGAUGUGGAGAAUCUGGGACGUGAUUGUGACGUAUGCAGCUCGAUAGAUGGUGAACUACAAAAAAUAAGAAACACGACAAGCUAUGCUUUCGACAAUUUCCAGGGAGAGCUUACAUAUUUACGCAGAAAGAUAUAUUCAGAUGAGCACGUUUGCUCACAGGUGUGCUCAAACCUCCAGGAGGAAGUGGGCAAACUGAAAGAAGAGGUUGAAAAAUGCACAGGUCAAUGCAUGAUCAGUAUGGCUGACCAGAAGAGGAACGUAGACAAUCAAAAUACUGUAACUCGCAAGCUUGGCAAAGACCUCAAAUCUAUUCAGGGCGAGCUUACAGGGAUUCUCCAAACAUUCAACUCUAUCAACGAUACUCUAAAAGGCCUCAGGAGCACCAUACAGAAGCAUGGCAACAAUAUUACUGAUCUGAACACGUCUAAGGGCAAAAUCUACUUGGAGUUAGAUCAGAUUUAUGAUGAUCUGAACAAGCACAAACUGGACAGCAAAGGACAUUUUGACAGCAUUAGUAGCUUUAACAGCAACUUGAUGACUGAAAUGGGAGAAUGCAGACUUUCUCGAGAAGGCCUGGAUAAGAGGCUCUCAAAGAUGGAGGAUGUCUGCGGUAGACUGGAUACUUUGUCAGAGAACCUUAAGACAAUUAAAGAUGGCCUGAGCAAACACGUCUCUGGGCUUUGGACUUGUGUUAAUGAUCUAAACUCCACAGUUAUCUCACAUGGUGAGACCAUCAGCCGCAUUCAUAAUGUUCACUUGGAGAACAUUCAAGGCAGGAUGAACAAUCUUAACUCUUCUAUACGCAAUGUUCUCAAGGAGUUCCAGACCUUCACUGAGCGGGACUUUACUGGACCUCCAGGUCUGCCAGGUCCUCAAGGAGAGAAAGGAUCUAAAGGACCACCUGGGCCACGAGGACCUCUUGGAAAGGAAGGCCCACAAGGGAGAGUGGGGUCGGUAGGACCCCCAGGCCUUAGAGGUGAACAAGGACCUCCUGGAAAGGAUGCCAAUGUUCCAAGACUGUCAUUCUCAGCAGCCCUCACAAGACCCCAAGCCAGUUCAGGCACAAUUAUCUUCAACAAGGUCUUUAUCAAUGAAAGAAAGGCCUACAAUCCAAAAACAGGUGUGUUCACUGCUCCAGUGAAGGGGCGAUACUUCUUCAGUGCAGUCUUGACAGGUCACAAGAAUGUCAAGAUAGAGGCGGUUUUAUCCAAAUCCAAUUUUGGCAUUGCCCGUGGAGAUUCAGCAGGCUAUCAGCCUGAGGGUCUUGAGAAACCCAUGGCUGAAGCACGGCACACUCCCGGUUCUCUGGUCAUUUUUAAUAUCAUACUUCCUCUGCAGGAGGGAGAAACAAUCUGCAUUGAUUUGGUAACAGGCAAACUUGCCCACUCAGUGGAGCCGCUCACGAUCUUCAGUGGGAUGUUGCUCUAUGAGGAAUCAGAGGACAGACUGUAAGGCUCAUUUUAGACUCACUGAGGACAAAGACGGAUGUAAAAUAUUUGUAUGGUGAAUUUUUUUUUGAAGAACAGUUUAUAUAUAUAUAUAUUCAGCGCUGAUACAAAAUAUAUGCAAGUUUCAUUUAUGGCAGGCCACAAGGACACGCAAGAAGAAUAUAUUUUUAUCUAUUAUCAGAACAACGGACUGAGACUUUUUAAAAUAUGUUUAUGUUUUUAUAUAUAUAUACUGUAUACUGUAUGUGAGUGUCAUGUUUUUUUUAUAGUAUAAUGCAGAUUUGAGCAGAAAAGAUCUUUCUUAAAAAAGCCAACACACACAUCACUUUUUGUCCUGAAGAGCGACUGCUAAACUGGGAUUUAAAUAUCUUAUUACACAUCAAAUUAAAACAGUCAUCAAGUGUUGAAUGGUGAUUUACAUCAGUGUUUUGAUCUGUGCUGCUAUAAUCUUUCAUACUUUUCAAUGUGAUUUUUUUGACUGUUACAUUAAAAAACAAAGAACUC